AUGGAGCCACUGCCACUCACUGCCGCUCUUCUGCCCUGUGCUGACCCCCACCAGGCCGUGGAGAUCUUUCGGGGCGACGAGGUGCAGGGCAGCAGCAGAGGGAACCAGCUUGCCUGGCCUGGCACCAUCACUCUCUCAUUCCACCCCUCCCUUCUCCCUCUCCUUCCUACCAGGCGGUGGAGAUCAUUCGAGACGACGAGGUGUUGGGCAGCAGCAGAGGGGUGCAUUGGCAGACGGGCUGUGGAGAUCAUUCGGGACGAUGAAGUGCUGGGCAGCAGCAAAGGGAACUUGAACGAUGUGUGGAACGCCAUGGCCACUGCCAGUGGUGGUGGUAGUGGUGGUGGUGGUGGUGGUGGUGGUGGUGGUGGUGAUGAUGAUGAUGAUGAUGAUGAUGAUGAUGAUGAUGAUGAUGAUGAUGAUGAUGAUGAUGAUGAUGAUGAUGAUGAUGAUGAUGAUGAUGAUGAUGAUGAUGAUGAUGAUGAUGAUGAUGAUGAUGAUGAUGAUGAUGAUGAUGAUGAUGAUGAUGAUGAUGAUGGUGGUGGUGGUGGUGAUGAUGAUGAUGAUGAUGAUGAUGGUAAUGAUGAUGAUAGUGGUCUCCUCUCCCUUCCUCACUAUUCUUCUCUCUUGCUCCCCAUUAUUUUCCCUCUCUCCCGUUAUUCCCAGGCCAGAGAGGCCAGACUCCUGUCAAGAGAGGGUGCCACAUCAGCAGUAGGUGCCACGUCAGCAGACAAUGCCACGUCAGCAGGUCCUCCAGCUGGGGAUGCAGCAGAGGAUGCUACAGCAGUGGGGGAGGCGGCCUCUCUGCUUCUCCAGUCGUACAUUGAGAAAGCAGAGGCGCUGAGCAAUGUGUUCAGUCUAGCACAGGCAGAGGACACGCCUGGCGAGUCGUACAUUGAGAAGGCAGAGGCGCUGAGCAACGUGUUUUCAUUAGCACAAGCAGAAGACACUCCCGGCGAGUCGUACAUUGAGAAAGCAGAGGCGCUGAGCAGCGUGUUCAGUCUAGCACAGGCAGAAGACACUCCUGGGGAGUCGUACAUUGAGAAAGCAGAGGCGCUGAGCAACGUGUUUACAUUAGCACAAGCAGAAGACACUCCUGGCGAGGAUGCAGCAGAGGAUGCUGCAGCAGUGGGGGAGGCGGCCUCUCUGCUGCUCCAGUCGUACAUUGAGAAAGCAGAGGCGCUGAGCAACGUGUUCAAUCUAGGACAGGCAGAGGAUACCCCUGGAGAGUCGUACAUUGAGAAAGCAGACGCACUGAGCAACGUGUUCACUCUAGCACAGGCAGAAGACACUCCUGGCGAGUCGUACAUUGAGGAAGCAGAGGCGCCGCUGAGCAACGUGUUCACUCUAGCACAGGCAUGUACCAGAGGCGCUGAGCAAUUUGUUCCAGCUGGCGGAGGCAGAGGAGAUUCUUGGAGAAGUAUUGUGUUUGACUGUCUCAACUGGAACAACGUGUUUGACUGUCUCAACUGGAACAACGUGUUUGACUGUCUCAACUGGAACAACGUGUUUGACUGUCUCAGAGACGUCUCUCAGACAUGUCCCGAUCAGCCAUGUCCUCUGACAUGA